AUGGAUAUAACUUGGGCGGAAAUCCAGUUGGAAUCGGAAAACGACAAGGAGCUUGACGAAGUUAGGCUGGGACUCCAGACUGGUAGGUGGGCGGACAGCUUGCGUCGAUAUGAGGCUCAGUCGAAAAACCUCAGAACACUAGACUCGUUAAUAUUUAAGCAGAAUCUGAUAAUUCUCCCACAUAGUCUUCGAAAAAAAGCAUUGGAAACUGCUCAUCAGGGUCAUUUGGGUUGUGGAGCAACCAAAAGAAUUCUCCGCGAGUACUUCUGGUGGCCAAAUAUGGCAAAGCAGGCCGAAGAAUUCGUUUCUAAAUGCGAAACUUGUCUUACCAUUUUAAGAAAGAAUCCACCGGUUCCCUUAAUCAGUCGACAGCUUCCAAAGGCCCCUUGGGAGAUCCUACAGAUAGACUUUUUGUUUAUCCAAGGUUGCGGAUCUGGACAUUUGCUAAUGUGCGUGGAUACAUAUUCCAGGUACCUUCACGUUGUAGCGGUAAAGCAAACAGACGCAAAAACAACGAGUGCCGCUCUAUGUAAGAUUUUUACAGUAUGGGGUCUUCCGUUGGCCCUUCAAAGCGACAACGGACCUCCGUUCCAAGGGAAUGAAUUCGUCGACUAUUGGGAGGCAAAGGGGGUAAAGAUUCAGAAAUCGAUCCCUCUCAGCGCACAAUCUAACGGGGCUAUCGAGAGGCAGAACCAGGGCGUCAUCAAGGCAAUAGCAGCGGCAAUGGAAGAGAAGCGAUGCUGGAGUGAUGCUCUUGCAGAGUACAUACACACUCAUAACACCCGUAAACAUCAUUCACGCUUAGGCGUUACACCGUUUGAAUUGCUAGUUGGCUGGCGAUAUCGGGGGACAUUUCCCAGUUUGUGGGAACACAAACAGGCAUUGGAUAGAACUGUCGUUCAGGAGGAUGAUGCUUUCUGUAAACUCAUUAGCAAGAAAUUCGCUGAUCAACAUAGAGGGGCAAAGGAAAGCAACAUUGCAGUCGGAGACAAGGUCGUCGUAGCGAUUACGCAACGCACAAAGACCGAUUCUUCCUUUUCGAAGGAAAGAUACACCGUCCUCACACGAGAAGGCGCAAAAGUUGUGAUUCGAGCGGAGAAUGGAGCACAAUUAUCACGUAACGUUCAAGACGUCAAAAGGGCCUUGGAUGCUUCUAACUCUUGCGAAACCAUUGCCACCAGUGAAAGCUAUGGUGCUUCCCAUGAAAACGCAUCAGGAGUGCAAAAUUUACCACCGCCGACCGGAAUCGAUUCAUCCACGAAGACUACGGAAAGGCCUAGAAGGAUGAUAAGAAAGCCUGCAAAGCUUAAUGAUAUGUAUGUUUAUCAUGUUUUUGAAUAA